UGGCCAUAACGGCCUCCCAGGGUGGUCUCUCUUACCCCCUCCUACCACUACCACUACUGCAGCAGCAACAGCAGCAGCAGCAGCAGGAAGAGCAAACCAGCAGCAACGGUUACGGCAAUAACAACAACACUGUCAGCGGCCGUGCCAUUACCAACAUUAGCACCAGCAGCAGCAACCAGCAAGAGGGCAACAGCAACGGCAACAAGAAGAAGAAGUAACUGGCCACUGGCGCCGUGUCGUGUAACAUCCGCUUCUCUCUCUCGAUUCUCGGAUUCGGUCUGUGUUGUGCUUCCGCGUGAACGUCGCCGCGUUCGGCGGAAUCCGGGAUUCCUGAAACCUCCUGCUUGGACGAGUAUUGUGUCGGUUACUGUUACUGUCGUCGUCGUCGUCGUUGUUGCUGUAGGUUGGUUUGUUGUUUGUUGAUGUUCGUUCGUUUGUUUGUUGACGGUGGUGGCGAAAGUGGCUCGCCAGCAGUGAGUGGUGAUCCGAGAUCCGCGAAAGAAGAAGGGAAGAAAGAGAGGAACGAAGAAGGGAAGGGAAGGGAAGGAAAGGAGGAUACGAGCCCCGCUGUUGCGCUGCUGGUAUCGAUCCGGAUCCGAUCGAUCCGGAGACGCUGCGCAUCGAACCACCCGGAUUUGCUGACGUACGCGACGUCCGUCUCUGUCUGUGUGUCUCCGUGUAUAUCCUUGUGAGUGGUGUGUGUGUGUGCGUGUGUGUGUGCUGAAUUCUGGUGACUCCAACCGAUCGAUCGAACAACGGAAUUAGAGUGACAGAGAGAGAAAGAGAGGGAGAGAGAAAGAGAGAAGACAACCAUGCAGAGGGCUCCCUGUAAUUAUCCUUCCAACGAUCUGAUCCAACUUCAAUUGCGUGUCACGACCAGUGCGUAUGUGUGAUUGUGUCCUGGUGUGUGUGUGUGUGCGUGUGUGCAUUUGCAAAAGCAGCAGCCAGCCAGCAUGUGGCCAACGAUGGUAAUGAUAUCGUCCUGUGUGCGCUCACCAUCGCGAACCAUCAUUUGAUUCAACGUCUAAAGUGUCGUAAGGCGUAACGGCGGUACUAAGGGACUACGUCACUACUUCACGACUCCGCACCCUACAAUUCCGACCCCUUUCGCCUUUUCGGCCUGGACAAGUGACUUCGUAAUGCAGCGAACUGCUGCGAGGACAACGACGAAGCCAAAGACGACGAGUGACGAAGCCACGGAAGUCGUUUGGUCAAACCAAGAUCCCAAGCAGUGGCCAGAGCGGACCAACGAGUGUUUGUACUACUGCUACUAGACCAGACCAGACCGGACCAGACCAGGCAUCCCUACUUAGCGCGCGUAGAUUUGAGUGGAAUGUUCGCACGAACACGACCGGCGGUACCGUUCGGAACACACAUGGCCAAGCAUCCUGGCCGAGUAGCCUAAACCCAAAGCUGGAUUGAACUUAGCUUCUUCUAAGUCUCUCUUCAACCCCUAAGGUCUUGCCCACUUCACUAUUUGGGCCCCUUGAGUUUCCUACUCUACUGGACGGAACCUGGACAAAGGCGUCCACGUCUGUAGGUAGUCCUUACUAUUCUCCCAACAGCAAGUCCCUCCUGAUAACAACUCCGACAACAACACCUGCUGCUGCCGUGGAGCAGCACGUCCAUCCUGAGAAGCUCUCGGGAGUGCACUCGCUCUCUAAUCAAACACCCGGCCAGUAACGGUAUUCCAAUUUUCGGGCAAUUCACUCGUCCCACGUCCGACGGACAACAUCGUCCAACUGCAAAAACCGUCCUCCGCCUUACCUGUGCUAAGUGCUAUCUGGGUGUGAGUGUAUGUCUGUGUGCGUUUGAAGGAUCGCCGUGAAGUGCACCAACGAGACAAAGAAUAAAAGAAGAAGAAGUAGAAGAAAAAGCAGUAGAAGGGGAAGAAAAAGACGAGAAAAAGGCAGUCAUCGAAUCGCCCAAACUAAAGAGAGAGAUACUCGGGAAGGAAAGAAACCUGUUGCUAUAGACCGUUACCGUCGCAACAGUAUACUUGUGUGUACGUUCGUGUGUGUGUGUGUGUGUGUGUGGCUUGGCGAGGAACUAACCACCCUCACGAGCGCAGGGAAGGUGUCCCACGGGAAGGUACGAAGGUACGCCACCCCGCCCGCUACUCCUUCUUCUCAUCCUUACCAUAACCACGAAAUUACAACACUCACCUCUCACCGCGUACACGCAGGCUCAGCUCCGUCAGAUAGUAGUCGCGCGGCCUCAGAGGAAGCUCCUCAGGGUACACUCUCGCGCCUCCAGACGAGGGCGCGCGCGUGUGUGUGUGUGUUUGUGUGUGGCUCUGUGCGUGCGUGCCGAGUGUUUGUGUGCGUGCCGCGUGGGCACCAGAGAGCAGACGGCGGGGGGCGCCUUGUAUAGCAGCAAUAUACCGUGCGUGUGCGUGCGUGUGUGUGUGAGUUCUUGCGUGCGUGCGUGCGUGCGUACGUGCGUGCGUGUUGCGUGGAAAAGUGAAAAAUGAUCCGAGCACUGCUGCCGGUCCUGGCGU